AUCAUAUUACAGAGGAAUCCUCAACUCCUGUAGGACGAGCGGAAUGCCUUCUUUUCGGCUCUUCUUUAUCAGUAGUUUUUGCUGUUUCAAGUGGGGUGAUUUCCUUAGUUCUGCUAUUCUUGGUUUCAGGCAUCUGCUUCGUGUCAUUUCGUAGAAACAAGUUGAAUGUGUCUGGUGUAUUGGAUGCUGCGAAGGGAGAGGUCGCAGACAACCCAUGGAAAGGUUCGGCGAAAUUCGGUUCCCUUCGGCUGUGUUCGUAACGAGCCACAGCCGGCUCUGUGUGCCUGACUACCCUUGCCUUCGACAGUGCAGAGAAGUUAGUUCAGCUCGGGGAGUGUAGAGGGUUAGUUUUCGUUUGUUCUCUGAAUAAUCAUCCAUACAGGUCUAUCUAUUUCACUGGAGCCUUAGUGUGUAAUAUCAUUGCAGUGAUGCUGUUAAAUGUGUUUCAGUUUGUGAGUGCAGGAAGUACGUUCCGUAACCCUGAGAGGUGUUCGGACAUUGCCACUGUUACAGUUAGUCGAAUUCAAGAUGUCGUGAAACGUUAGAUCCGUACACAUUUUGUUCAGCAUGAUUUAACGUUGUCUCUUAAAAUUACAUAAACAUGUUUGUGAUCACAGUACUCCAUGGUUAUCUGUCGUGGAGUUUCGACGAAAACACAGGCUUUUGUUGAGAACAACAAUGCAGUGCAGUAAGACAAUGACAGAUUCGUCGUGUUGUUGGGCGAAAGCCGUGAUGUUUGUCCUGUGUCUAGUCGACGUGUGUUAUGGUAACCUCAACCUCUACCUCACUCAGUCGGAAGUCAGAAGACUGCUCGGCCUACAGGCAGAGCUCUUCUACGUCAGGGAGGGGGUCAUCAACGAGUACGCUCUCAACUUCGUCGUUCCUGUUCCGGCGCAUAUCAGUGACCUUCACUUCACGUGGCAGAGCCUCGCCGGGCGACCGCUGCCGUACCUCAUCGCCGUGGAUGUUCCCACCAACGACGCACUCGGCGCGCCACGCCUCAAUGUGUCCACGGAGGGCAGCGUUCCGACCACCACCCAGACGUUCCGUGUCGCCCUUCCGUGCAGCGGACUGAAGGACGCCGAAGUGAACGUGUCCCUGAGCGUGAACAUCACGUUGCACCGCGCGACGAACAACGUCACGGCGCUGCUGUUCAGGCGUCGCAAGAUCUGCCUCAAAGAUAACGGCUUCGGUGGAAUGAGCCAGGUUGUGGUAGUGGAUCCUCCACAAGUUGAAAUAAGUUCCGGCAGUAUAUUCUACAUAGCUGUGGGAUGCGCAUGCGCACUUAUCACUGUCAUCAUCAUCGUGGUCACAGCCUACUAUGUUCGGAACAACAAAACAAGGAGACAAGGAGAAAUGUUGCAGGAGUCUCGAAACGGGUCUAGCAGCAGCGCGCACGGCCACGCCACCUUCCUGACGGCAGAAACGCCUCUCCCGAACAAUAACUUCACCGGUACUUCGGCUUCCAGUUGCAAGUCUGGGGCGAGCUACGCCAGUUUCAAGAGACUGCCCAGCUACACCGUGUUGGACGAUCGGGCGGGGAAAGACAUCCACGAGCGCAUCGCCGAGCUGACGAUACAGAGGUGUCGCGUGCGCCUGCGCACUGUUGUGCUGGAGGGAACCUUCGGCCGUGUGUACCACGGUACCUACACCGAAGAGGAAGGCGUAGAAGAGGACGUUCUGGUCAAGACUGUCACAGACCACGCAAGUCAGGUGCAGGUGUCUCUGCUGCUGCAGGAGGGCAUGACAAUGUACGGCCUGAGCCACAGCAACGUGCUGUCAGUGCUUGGAGUGUCCAUCGAGGACCACACAGCCCCAUUCCUUAUCUAUCCACAUCGGGGAGAUACAAACUUAAAGAGGUUCCUGCAGACGUGCAAACUGAGUGCCGAAGGCAUGACGCGGGUCCUGACGACACAAGAGGUGGUGGCAAUGGCACUGCAGGUAGUUCAUGCCAUGCAAUUCCUGCACAAGAAGAGACUGCUGCACCGUGACCUUGCGACGCGGAACUGCGUAGUUGACCAGCAGCUGAAGGUGCAGGUGGCAGACAAUGCCCUGUCCCGUGACCUCUUUCCUGCAGACUAUCACUGCCUGGGUGACAACGAAAAUCGUCCAGUCAAGUGGCUUGCCAUUGAAAGUCUGGUGCACGGAAACUUCUCCGCAGCAUCCGAUGUGUGGUCGUUUGGUGUACUGCUGUGGGAGCUCACAACACUUGCCCAACAGCCGUAUGUGGAGGUGGACCCCUUUGAGAUGGCUGCCUACCUGAGGGAUGGUUACCGUCUUGCACAACCAGUUAACUGUCCAGAUGAGCUGUUCGCUGUUAUGGCAUACUGCUGGGCCAUGAGUGUGGAUGAGCGGCCAACUUUCACGCAACUUCAUGUCUGUUUACAAGAAUUCUACACACAACUCACACGGUAUGUGUGAUAACAUCUUCACGCAGGAUUUCAUCACUGUGCUACAUAAAGGCCCGCAGGUGGUACAUUUGAUAAGCUACUUGAAGAACAGAAUGUCAGGAAUUGCAGUGGAACUUCCUUUACUGUUCAGCUGUCUUGGAUGGAUUAAAUUCUGAUGUUGGCAUCUUUCUGUAUUGGACAACAAAAAUAAAAUAUUUCCCUCUAGAACAGCUAUGUAAGUGAUAAAAACUUUGUCACUCAUUCUUAGUAUAUUUAUUUCAGCAUAAUUAUGAUUAAUGUUACAUAUUUAAAAUUAUUCAUUGUCAGGACUUUUUCUGUUGUCUGUUCUUCAAAACCACGACAUUUUGGAGGCUGGUCCAGUGACAGACACUAGCUCUAUCUAAGGGACCUAACAGAGUAGGUACCUCUCACCUGAAGAUGGAGACAGAACCAGCCUCUGAAACGUCAUGAUUUUAAAAGAACAAACGAUGGAAAAAGUCCUGACAAUGAAUAAUUCUAAAUGUAAACUACCAUCGUCAAAACCCUUUAGAAUCGAAUAUUACACAUAUUUGGCUAACAAAAUCAAUAAUGUAACAUCGUUUAUAGAACUGUAUAUGUGACACAAAAAUUUACAAAUUUUAUGGAGAGUCAAAGAAUGUACCAGAUUAGGCAGAAUUAACAAUGAAUAUAUGUGGAAGAAACAAAAUUUUUAUUCGGUAAAAUGAGGAGAUGAUGCUCACAGAAAAUAAUAGUUAAUCCAUUUGAACAGAAUUGUCAGUAAGAAACUCUAAAGAAUUUUUCUUUGAUACAAACCAUAAAGGUAUAGGGACAUAGGAAGACUGUUCAGAAGAUUUUCCUGAACUGACAUAAGACGCAUGAUCCUAAUCCAUGUGAGAUGAUGUUCAGGAUGCUGCAGCUCCUGUUCUCCAUGUGAGCUUAUUCAUUGUCACUGUAUUAUAUUGAAAAUAAACCCAUAAGUAUGUUGUAUAAAAUUUAUGUUAUUUAUGCUGUCCAAAUUGUACACAGUACUGUAAAACCUGCUUAUAAUGGAACUCAACAGUCUGAACAUUUUCUGUCUCAGACUGGCUUUCCGCUUUAUGCAGGUUCUUAUGUCUCGACAAGAAAUGUUUCACCAACUGUAGUUCUUUAUCUGUGAACAUUAAUGGGUUUUUGCCCUUAUCAACAUUUCUCAUUAACUUCAUUGAUCAUAAACUUCCAAAUACAGAAGGCUUCAGUUGAACUAUUAGAAAGCUGUUUAUUGUCUGUAAAAGGGCGUGUUUUAAAGCUGUCUGUUUCUGCAAGUGUAUAAGAUUAACAGUACUGUCUGUUGUGAUUUUUCAAGUCUCUGUCCACUUGUUCUGUUCUUGGCACUUUCAAUCCUACAUCCUGUCUUCUCUGCUCUGCAAUCUGAAAAAGUUUUGGAAAAGCUGUGCUAGAUGUUCAGGCUGCAGGGACAAAAAUUGUUCAUAUCAGGGAUUAGUAAAGUGAAGAUAGCUAGAAAAAGUUGCUGCUUUGUCCUCUACAGAUCACAUAUGAACUGUCUUGAGAUCAAACCUCAUCUUCUGUGGGGAGAAGCCUUAGCCUGGGUGUAUAUUUAUAAUUACAGACCAUUCAUGGUAUGCCUUAGUUUUUCAAUGUAAAUUAAAAUUAUUUCAGAUUGUAUUCAGAUAUCUAAUUUUAUUUUUAUUUUUGGAACAGAGGUAUUGUUUCUUGGUGGCCAUCACGUGGCAUUCAAGUUGGGAAGAUCAGUUAUCCUGCUAUUUUUAAUUUAAAAUUUAUUUAUUUAUUUUGUUCCAAUUAUAUCUGCAGUAAAAUUUAUGAGCCAGAUUCUACAGUUUUUGGUUCACUUUACAGCUGAGAACCAGCUAUGCUGAUUGAGUUUUACUACAUUCUCAGCUUCUGCAGAUGACCUGGCGUAGCUCAGUCAGUAUAGUGACUGGUUACAGACUGGGCGACCGGGUUUCAAUCCCCAACAGGGGCAGAGGAUUUUUCCUCUAGCCUCUGCAUCCAGACUGGUUCUGGGGCCCACCCGGCCUCCUAUCCAAUUGGUGCCAGGGUCCUUUUCUGGGGGCAAAGCGCGGCCGGGGCAUGAUGCUGACCGUUCGCCCCAUCUAGUGUUGAGGUCACAAAUGAGUACAAGCUCUACAUUCUCUCCCCACAAGUGCCUACAUGGCAUGUAGUGAGACAGCUUUACUUUACUGUCUCUCCGGACAAGUGCCUUAAUAUUACAGCACAGUACAGUCAACAUUCAUAAUCAUGCCACAAGUAUCAAUCAGUUGUACUUAAUUUCUAAAUGUAAUUGUGUGUGAAAUAAGAAAAUUUUCACCAUACUUCUCCAGUUUUAGUCAGAUAUCUUUACAUUAACUUAUACAGUGCAGUUGAACAGUAGACCAUAUGAAAGAAUAAUUUUCUAGAUUUGUAACAUUUGAUUUCUGUACUAUAAAAGUGAUUUUCUAUAAUGUACAUAAUGAUCUGGCUGUCAUAAUGAAUUACGAUAUUUUCCUAAAAAUGUUGUUCCUUUAGCAAAGCAGUGAAAAAAUUAAUGUGUAGCAUGAAGAUUAAACCUCUGAUGAUCAGAAUCUUUGGGUAGAGUGUGCGCAUAGCCAUUUUGAUUAUUGAUUUGGUUGUAUCUUAUUUAAUGCUACAUGCUGACUGCUGAUUUUAUGUGCAGUGGAUGAGAUAUGAGGAUUGUCGUGAUUGACGAGUCAAAGAUUUUAAAGAAGUGGUCAUGGAAUAUUUCAGAUAACUUUUUGGCAUCAACAGGAGGAACUGAGUAAAACCACAAGAACCCUUAUCUUUUUAUAUAGUUUUGUAGCAUGUCAGUGGCACUACUGCAGAUGCAUUUUUUAAAUUCUUAUAAAGACAAGUGAUAUGAAUUUGUGGGUGUGGUUCAUGUCAUUGCAUGCAGAGCAAGCAGUUUUGUGUAGGAAAGGAGAGCUUUCAAGUAGAUUGAAGUGGCAGUGAUGAGAAGACUAUGAAGAUUUCUGUCUUCUGGGUUGUUGCGCUGUGUAGUCUGGUCGAUGUUUACCAACGUU